AUGCCGUCUAGCGCAUCGAUUCGACUGCUGCUGAAGGCCCGUCGGGGCGGGAUGUCUGUAACGUCUUCUUGCCUGGAGGAGAAGACAUAUCAUGCUAACGGGUAUGUUGUUGGAGCUAGCAAUCGUGUGGUGGUUACGACCAUGACAAUUUGUUUUCGGAGCCCUGCAGGCUGCCGCAGAUGUUCUCGCCACGCUUCCAGCGAAGAACAGGCUAUCUUUCCUUGCAUCUUGCCAGGAGCUCAAGUCCCUUUUCGUUGCGAUGUACAGAGCAUCCACCAACGCCUACGCAUAGAGAUAUUUGGCAAGCACCUUCCACCUGAAGAGCUGUCGAUCUCGCGAUCCGAGCAUCGCCCCUCGCCGGAUCACUCUGUGGAAGCAUUGAAGCAGAUGGAUUCCGGCCGAUUGCCACGGACGGAAGUCGGACACCUUGAGACUAUGGCUUAUCGGAGCUCACCAUUAUUGACGGUUAUCUAUUCCUCGUUAACGAACCACAACUUAAGUCGUCUUCCAAUACUUGAGAUCGCAGUUUCCGAUGGACUCGAAGACUUCGCCAGGAAGUGCACGGCUGAAAAGGGCGUGGUGCUACUCUCGCCGGAGUUGGAACAUCAAGACUCGCCCAAGGAGAGCGUUUAUAAGUUCGAAGCGGUCGCGUACAGUGCUGCAAUGCCUGACAUUGACGAGACUUCAGCGCAACUCGACGGUAAUGAGGCCGAAGACGGGGAUUUCUAA